UAUUUGUUUAAGUGAAGGACACGUUACCACCUCUUUGAACGUAUCGUUCCGUUUGGGGUGAAGAUGUUAGACUUUUUUGUGAUUAUCACAAAAGGCGGUAUUCGUUUGUGGUGUUUCCCCGGAUCAAUAGAUAUAUUCAGGUUAUCAAUAAAUACAUUCCUCAAAUCCCUCAUAUUAGAGGAGAAUGCUGGUCGCUCACCUUUUGUUUGCGACUCUAGGGCUAUGAAAUUUUACAUGGAUAAUGAAUUCAACCUGUUAUUUGUUGCUGCAUAUCAAAAUGUCCUUCAAUUAAACUAUGUGGAUAAAUUUUUGACAGACAUAGCUCUGGAAUUUAGGGACAAGUACAAGAAUAGACUAGUAAACCACGACAUAACUGGAUCUUACGAUGAAUUUUUACCUGUUUAUCAAGCUACUCUGAAACGUACUGAAGACGAGUUCCGGGACCUUCGUAAAAGUGCCAAACAGAUGCGGAAGUUUGAGGAUUCUGAUAAGUCAAAAAAGACUGUCGCCUCUAUGAUUGUCCGAAAGGGUAAAAAUACUGAGCUUGAUGUGAAAGAAAUUCCUAUCGCCCAAAAGGAAAGUCUAGUUUCCGAAUCCAAAUUGGAAGAGCCUCCAGUAAAUGGCAUCGACACUUUUGAACAGAACAGACUUAGACUGGCUGCAAAGUUUAAGGGAUCCAAGAAGAGUAAAGAACCAAAAAGCCCUUCAUUGUCACCUAUGCAAAAACCUAAUGGUAAGAAAAUCAAAGAAAGCCGUCGGUGGGAUAACUCAGCAACUGGUGAGGAGGCAGCAGCCUUGGAUUUUAGUGGUAUGAAUCAUACAGAGUCAACAGGAAACCAAAAAUCUGAUUAUAACUUUUCUGCUACGGAAAUAGAAACGCUAUCUCGUCUCCGUGGGACAAUGAAAGAUGAUUUAGAUGAAGUUAAUGUCUCUUCAGGUGAUGAAGACGUCGAUUCCUUGGAGCUUAAAGAGAAUGAAUCAGUUGAACAGAAUGGUUUACCAACUGACUCUCAACUUCAAAAGAGUUCACUUGAUAAUAAACAAACAAAGUCAGGUUAUAUCAAUGGUGGUUUUGCCUCAAGUUUAUUGCGUGGUUUACGCAUUACUGGUGGUUCUGGGCGUGUUUUAACUCGAGAAGACAUUGCACCUUGUCUUGAGCAACUUAGAGAACGCCUUGUUGGUAAAAAUGUUGCUAUGUCAAUCGCUGAUAGAGUUUGUUCGAACGUUUCUGAUCGCCUUGUUGGCACAUCGCUCGGAACGUUUGAAAGGAUUUACCCCCGCGUUCGAGCUAGUUUGGAAGAAGUUUGUUCUCGAAUUUUAGUUUCUGGUCGCCGAGUCGAUGUUCUUCGUGAUGCACUGGAUGCGCGUACUCAAGGAAGACCAUACAGUAUUGUUUUCUGUGGUGUUAAUGGUGUUGGAAAAUCGACAAAUCUGGCUAAGGUGUGUCAUUUAACUAAUUUAUUACUACAAAUAUUUUUCAUUUGUGCAUAUCAAAGUUGUUUUUGUGCUAAAGUGUAUUUAAUGUAAUAACCAGCAAGUCAGCAAUCGAUUCGUUCACUCUGCUUUAGAUCACAGUUUUUGCAUAAACCAGUAAUACUAUCCACGUAUCUAAACGAGAAUAGCUGGAACAAGAUACAAACUUACGUACAAACCGAUUAUUGAAAACUGAGUGAUUUAACCACCAAGCUACUUAUCGACCGUGCAAAUAAUGAUUUUUCAUUACUUUAAAGAAGUAUUAUCACUCGAUUUAUGAGUGAAAGGAUUGGUAUGUAAAAAAGAAUAUUCUGUGAAUAUAAUGUUUGUUAAAGUGCUUAUAUUCAGACUAUGUGUAUAACUACUCAUGAGAUAAGUUAAUAAUCUACAGAAUAUACAUUUUUUGUGAAAUGAUUUGAUACCUUAUAUCAUGAGUCUAGAAAUCCCCUUAUGCUUUUUCUUCUCUCUUUAGACUUGAUCUUUUCUACUACCGAUACUGUUACUACUUCUACUAAUCUCGGAAUCAGCUUUAUAAUUUGAUCUCGCUAUGCUAACGUGGUGUGGUAACUUAAACCGAUAUCGCUUUUUGGCUUAUCGAGAAGAAUUUCCGUGUCCUUAUAGCUGCCUGUGAUACUUUUCGAUCUGGUGCUGUGGAACAACUGCGUACACAUGUACGUAAAUUAAAUUACAUUCAUCCAGCUGAUCAGCAUGGUGGUCAAACUAUGGUUGAGCUGUAUGAACAAGGAUAUGGUCGUGAUGCAGCGUCAAUAGCUCGUUCUGCAAUUAAUUAUGGUAAUAAAGUGUACUAUUACAUUCACUAUUAUAUAUAUGUUUAAUGGUUUUAAGAAGUUCACGGUAAGCGUUUAUUUGGUGGUUUAUCUAUAGUUAGGUGAUUCGAACAAGUUAAUUUCUAUCACUAGAUAUCAGGUUUAAUUUCCAUUCUACCUUUCAUUCAUCCAGAUUGUAGAUGUAAUCAUUACACAUUAGACAAAAUUCAAAAAUCACUACAAAAUUCAGUAAUUGAUCAUUAAACUGUACUUCACUGUGUUCAUUUGUAUCAUCUCUUUUAGAAUCUUGAUGUGUUUAUAUUCUUUAGCUAUUGGUGUGAUAGCUAUGGAUCAUUGGUUUCAGUCAGAAUGGAUACUCAUUAAUCGAUAGAAUUUCAGUCCGUUAUAUAUCGAAUAAUUCGAUUAUCAUAUCACAGCAACCUUUUGAUCGUGUGAUUAGAAGCAGUGAUUCAAACUCACAAAAUAUCAUCUUUGGUCCCCUGAAACCGUGUUUUAAACUGUAUACUAUAGCUCUUAAUGUUGAAAAGCCCCAUUAUCAAAUCGAAUGAUAAAACUACUAAUCCUGUUUUACUGUAAUCUUCGAGGGGGGGAUCUAAAGUAUUCCUCGAAAAAGUUCAGAGGGGUCCUGAAAACUCUUGGAAACAUUUUAUCCAACCACCAUUGAAUAUAAGUUUCUCAGAAACAUAUAGAAAGUGAGGCGUCACGUGUCACAUUUCUGAUUGGAUUACCUAUCAUACUGCUGUGUUCAAUAUAGUUCCAGAACCUUCCAAAAAUCAAAGAUCAUCUGAAAUACUAUUCAUACCCUCGGUUUCUGUACAUAAAACUAAACUUGGGAUAAAGCGUUCUUUUCACACUUUGCGCCUAUUCACUCGUGUUCAGGUUGUCGUGUAGAUUUGGCCUGUGGUUCUUAGAAGAGCUUAGGAAACCGGCUCAAACGUUCAGUAAGAAAAAAAAUCGAUGUCAGUCGCUUCUUUGUAUUGCCUCAUUAAUUUCAAAUACAUACACUCAAUUCAAACCAUAAGAAUAAUUGGGUUACGAACCAUUAGUACAGUAGUUUGCCUGAAACACACAUUAAAUUCUACUCUUACUACAUAGGAACAUUAUAAAUUUUAGAUUACUUAUCAAUUGUUUGUAUUGUCGUUUCUAAUAGCCCGUGAUCGACACUUUGAUGUUGUACUUGUGGACACAGCUGGGCGUAUGCAAGACAAUGAACCAUUAAUGCGUGCUUUAGCUUCGGUUGGAGCUGCUAUUUCAAUGGCAUGUAUAUCAAAUCAACCUAUUGUAUUUGUUGGUACAGGUCAAACUUAUUCUGAUCUUCGUCAAUUAUCCGUAAAUGCUGUUGUCAAGGCUUUAAUGAAAUAAAUUACUUUUUUUAUAUAUACUUUACAAUGUCUAUCAAUGAUAAUUGUCAACAUACAUAUGUAUGUGUGUGUGUAUGUUAUUUGACUUAUUUUGUUUGUUUGUUUGUUUUUCUUUUUUUUUCUGAUCCUAUAUCUGCUAUGAUUUUCAUGUUUAGACUUUUAUUUUUUUCCUUUUUUUCUUGGAUCCCCCCUUACUCACUCACUCAUUCUCACGGGUUAUUUUAAAAAGAAAGAAUACACUGAAUAAAAUGACUUUACAUUUGUUUCUUUUUUUUCCACUCCCUCUCUCGCUUCUCCAAUACCAUACUACUGAAAAAGAAGAUAAAUAAGUAAUAUUAACAGUUUUAUUUUUAAUUUUUUUUCCUUACCAUUCUAUUGUUGUAUGUAUAUGAGGAGGAAGAACGAAGAUAUAUAUUGUUGUUCAUUAUGUAUGUUUCCCCUUAAUUAUUUCAUAUUUUCUAUUCAUGUAUUGUAUGAUUCUUUUGUUAUUUUUCAUUUAUAUUCAUGUGAUAUAUGCAUUCUAUUCAUUGGUGUCCUUGGUAAGAAUGUAUUUUUAUAGAUAAAAUAUAUAAACCUAGAAAGUUCUUU